CAUUUUCUGUUUUGUAGACUCUGGGAUUUAGUAGUAGUACUGCACUGUCAGUUAUGUCACGUUUCUUCAAUAAUUUGUGGAAGAAAGGUGCACUAUAUUCGUCUGAUCAUAGAAGAAAACCUACAGAUACAGAUAGAGAUGACGCCAAAUGGGCGUUUCCAGAAGAAUUGUGUCGUCGGUUUUCACUCGCGGAGAUCAUAGCAGCAACUCAAAACUUCAAUGCUAGGUUACGGGUUGGCAAUACCAGAAACUUGUCAUUUGACGUUAAUGGCCUAAUAGAAAAGUUUUUGGUGUUUGAUCACCCUGAAGGUCCGAAAACAGAAGACGGUAUUAAUGUUAAUGCUGCAGGUGUCUACAAAGGAUACACCAACUUCAACGGGGUAACUUCCACGGUAGCAAUCAAGCACGUGCCCGGCGCACAAUCAGAUAUUCAGCGGGGACGCGAGUUCAAGGCGGAGGUGCAGCUACUGUGCCAGCUGCGCCACCCUAAUUUAAUCUCUCUAAUCGGAUUCUGCCAAGAAAAGGGAGAGUGCGCCAUUGUUUACAACUACAUGUCCAAUGGUUCCCUUUCUAAUUCCCUUUUCAAUCCUCAUAAAAAUAAUAAGGAUCCGUUGUCUUGGAGGCAAAGGCUGAAUAUCUGCAUUGGGGUGGCGCGUGCAAUACACUAUCUCCACACAGGGGUUAAGCAUGCGGUAAUCCACCGAGACAUUAAAUGUGACAACAUACUCUUGGACCAAAGCUUAGAGGCCAAGCUUUCUAACUUCUGGCUGUCCAAGAUGGGUCCUCCUGUUGUGCCUUGGCCGUUCGUCAGUGCGGAAGUGAGAUUCAGAUUGUCUUACCAAACUACAAACCCACAGUUGAACAGUUUAAAUUACAAGAAAUAAAUACACUGAGAAAUUUACGAUGUUCGGCAAAAAUCUGCCUACGUCCUCCAAGAGAUAUUGCUCUUCACUAUGAGAAUAACUAGUACAAGAUACACUUGAGUUAAAUCAACAUAACCCAAACCCCAAUCCUUUGUACCCUCACAGAAUUUUACUAAGAGCCUCACUCUCCCCAAGAGUUUCUCACUCUCA